AUGCAAAUUUAUUACUAUAGUUUAUGUUUGUUAGCAUUCAAUGUUAUUCUCAUCAAUGCAAAAUAUAUUUAUCGAUCAACCGAUAAUGAACAAAAUAAAAAUAUGUUUUAUUCAAAUAAUGAUGUAAAUCAUGCUUAUCGACAUGGUGAUUCGAAAAUAUUAACAACUGAAUUUCAACCUUUAGAAGUUUAUGAAGAUAAAUCCAAUGAUGAUUUAAUAACAUUUGGACGACUUCAAAAAAAAGCAAUCUUCAGAGGUGAUCCAAGAGAAUUUAUAGGUUAA